CUCUCCCAGCACAGUGAAUCAGAAUAGCACAAGAGGUGAAAGACUGGGCAAAGAAAGCCAACACAAACUUAAAAAUCAAGUAGCUUUGUGUAAUCUAGGCACAAUGAAAGCAAUGAGUGAAGCCCCUGCACACACAGGAAGCAGAUUAGAAAGUGGAGAAACCCACCCUCCCCCACAGGUUGGGCUUGUUCAGGCCUCUGGUGCUGCUGGUGAACUCUCUGGAUCAGUUUCUUCAUUUUCCAUUGAUAAAUGCAAAGCUUCAAGACAGCUGAACACACAAACAUCCAUCUACUGCAGUAAUCUAGUGGAAUCUACAUUAUCAGAGUCUCUGAAUUCAUUUAAAGAUACAAACACAGGAUGUGACAGAGUGGGAUCUCAUGUCCAUGCCCCUUCACACGAAAUGACCCUGAGUAAAUCACAAGAUGUAAUCAGCUCAAGCCACUCAGCCACUUCAGUGUCUCCUAAUUUCGUAGAAAGACCCAAAGACAUCCCGGCUGCACUUACAAGUAUUCAGAGCCCUACUGCAGGACUUACGGAGGGAGCCUCACUGGCGGUCCAGAAGGAGCCGCAGACAUUGGGACAUGGAGAGACCCCUGGGCAGCCAGACAACACAGACUGGAGGCCAAAGCAAAGCCAAGAGGAUGGAAAGACAAAGCUCCAGUGCGUGGAAGGGCGAGGUGGUGGAGGAGUGGUGGGAGAGGAUAAGAAAGGAGGAAUCAAGACAGACGAGGUGCCAGGACAGUGGGGACAGGACAGCGCAUCAGAUAUGACAAAGACGGAGGGAGAAGACAGAAAGGUUAAGGUGGAUGCCUUUAAAAACUCUUGGCCAUCUGAGCAGCAUCUCCAGCAUCUUUCCCAGACACACUCAGGAAUGUCUGAAUACCCUCCACAGAGCCCUCAGCAAGCUCCAAGCAAGUCAAAUUACCUUAAUUCAUCUUCUGCCGGCAGCAGUCAGAUGAGCCUUUCCAAUUCUCCACAGCCUCCAGUGGAAAUGAACAACUUCUACUACUCACAACAACACUGGGAAGGCAGCACCAUCCAUAACCAACAAACACGGAUGUUAUGUGAACCAGACUCAAGUCAGCGGAUCAAAGCACAGGCUCAAUUAACAGAAACACAAAAUGCUUUUUCAUCAAUUCAGUCACGUCCUCAGCAAACAUUUUCACACCAGGACCAGAGGCAGAGCAGCAUCACUCUGUCUGUUCAGCAGGUAAAUUCUGCAGCAGGUAACAACAUCACAGCAGUGAGCUCCUGUGCUAGGUCAACAUCAAGCAGUCUCAAGAGCCCAGGUGUCUCACCUGAUGUAAACACAUCACCCUCUGCUCAACCCAGCCAACUCUCCUCUUCUGUUCAAGUCAGUAGAGCUGCAGCUGGACUGUCAGGGUCAGCCAAUGUGCUGGACAAUAAUACUGUGCUGCCAUCAGAGCCUUUUAAAUACCAAGAACACCAUGAUUAUCAAGACACCAAGGAUCAAGCAGCAAAUGACUACAACAAAUACCAGUCUUUUUUCAUGUCUGGCCAGCUACACGGCUAUCAGCCACCCGAGUGUCUGAGCAGCGGAGUAAGGCCCGUGCAAAGCUGCCAGGACUACACAGAAGACACCAGCAGCAGUGAUGAUGAAGGAAAGCUUAUCAUUGAGCUUUAGGUGAACACGCACAUAUGCUAUUUGGAGUUUUAUCUACUGCAGACGUAUAUUUUUCAGGGGCAGAAUUGAUCUGGAGGCAGAAAUAAUAUCAAUGGCUGAGUUAAAUUAGUGGGCAGAGCUGAAGAACCAUUUUUUUUUCUUUAUAAAUAUUAGGCCUGUAUAAAAAAGUUAAUGGGCAACUUUGCAAGAAUGUUGAGGGUUGAGUCCAAAUCAUGUCCUGUUGUAACAAGUCUAAUUACAAGCAGCCAAGUAGGAAAAAUGUGAGCGCAUCCAUGUUCCCAGGCUCCUGUGCUCAGUAUCAUCAAGGAGACCUUUCAAAGGGCUUUAUGUUGUCAGCAAUGUUUGACCCUAGGUCAGAUGUUCUAUGUACGUUUCCACAGGGUCACCCACCCACUGCUUAUAGCCUACUGAUGUUAUACUCCUUAAAACCUACACGCUCAUAUUUGUGGGCAAGACAGUUUUCUUAGCCCUUUUAACACUACCUGAUCGAGGUGGGAAUAUCAUGGCGUUAUUCUGCCUCAUCGUUCUGUAUCAAAGGUACAAUUGUGGCAUUGGGGGACAGAGCUGCUGCCUUUAAGCCAGCAGCAAAGGUAGUAACAUCGCCAAAUCGACAUCUGUGUGAGGGAUAGCCGGCAAGAUGGGAUGAGCGUGACAUAUUGACGAAAUGUUAGGUGUGCAACCCACCGCCGGGAGACUUAAAAGCAGGUAGCAGCAGUUAACAGCUAACUCAGAGAAGAAGAACAGCAAAUGAAAAUGUCUGCAAAGUGGGAUAUCAAUGAGGUGUGGGACCUACUUACCCUCUGAGCAGAGGACAAGAUCAACCACCAUAUAAGAGGGAUGGUAAAUGAUUGUUAUUGCUGUGCAAUGCCUUUUCAAUUUCUCAUAUAAAAUGUGUAUGUUAUAGGUCACACUCCGUCACACCCUUUUCACCUCCGCAAUGCCGUCAUGUGAUUUAAAAUCACACACAGUAUUGUUGGGUUAUUUUUAAAAAAGAAAAGCUGGCAUAAUUAAAGUUCUUCGCUGCAGCCCUGUCCCUAGAUCUCUGACAUUGAUACCUCUACAGUGUUUGUCAGGACAUUCAGCUAUGAUAUCUCCCACAUGGAAAAAAGAACCACAGAAUUAGUCACAAAACAGCUGCAAAGUAACCACCGCAGGCAGCUACAACAACUUUAAACACAGUUUCAAGACUAAUGUAGAGGAUUAUGGCUUUACUGUUAAAUACAAACAUCUAACAUGAUAAAAUGGGCUAGGGCUUAGCUGGGACUACAAAUCUAGCAGUACGGGUUACCAUCUGGGAUUAAUGUUAAAAUAGGCUAACUGGAGGAUUUCCCGUCAUUCCCAUUGUGCUGGCAUGCCAUUAAUGCAACAUACAUGUGCUGGCUUGUCCGCACUGCCCACAACAAGUAUUUAGGCUUGUUAGGAACUUUGAAUAUGAUUAUAAAACAAAAAGAAUGGCAAUGACAUGUUUUUGUUUAGCCAGCCAUCUUUGUUAAUUAGGUAUUGGUGCCCAUUUCACAAACAUUUCUGUCCUUGCCUGUUCACUUACGAUAAAAUAAAUACCUGAAAUUAACAGUCACCAUUUAAGAAUCACUUGCAAUUACUGGAAAACAGCAUGACAUUGUUUUUGUUAGCAGCCAGUGUGCUUUAAUAGCCUCACAACACUAGUUCCCUCAUGCUUUCUGUUUGACUUCAUGAGUGCUGACAGAAAGAUUGUGGCUGCCUCUGCUAUUUAAUCCAACCAAUGAGAUUACUUCUGCCUCUAAGAGAUGUUGUACUACUUCCGAUCUACUCACACAUGCUUACACACACACAUCAUCAUUUGCCCUAAUUUGUGUCUACCUUCCCACACUCACUCUCUCUCUCUCAUAAACUGCACUCUGUAUUAUUUUGUAACCUUCCCAGACAACACCUCACCUGCGUGUGUGAAUCAUGUACACAUGUUGCCAAAUACCCAUUAAGUCGAUCUCUGCUGCCAAUCAGGUAACCCAGGUGAAGAAGGCACUGGCUGGAGGGCCAUGACCCUUUUCCCAGUCUGGGUUUUGUAAUGAGUCAGCAGCUAUGAUAAGACACCAGCACUCACGAGAACAGGAAGUGGGUGUAUGUGAACAUUUCUGUACAUAAUUCCACGGCUAUAGCUCACGCUGACUUGCUUGUCAGUCCUCAGCCAAUUAGUGCACAUAAAACUUUUUGGACUUGGCAGGUGUAUGUGUGCAGGAGGAGUGCUGAAUGAGUGCAUCUGUUCAGGCCUGUUUGUUUUGACUUGUUAGAUAAGUUUAUAAUGCUCUUACACAUAAAAGGAAAGGCAAGGACACAAUCAUGUGUAACUGUUUAUCUGGUAAGGUUCCAAGCUGAUUUGUUAUUGUGUUACAGAUAUUUGUUUGGUUUUCAUUUUCUAGUUUUAUAUUCUUGUUACAGAUUGCACAAGUAAGCAUCACUGACAAAACAAAUGGAUUCAUUUUAAAAUUAUUGAACAUCAUUUUGUGUUUUUAACCAUUUUAACAACGGGAGAGAUAAAUCAAACACUCAAAACCA